AUGACGGAUGUCGAGAGCGUAGCUCAUGAUGGGGAAGACGACCAGCUUCCGUACGGUAUUCAUUGUGGAAGCAGUGGAGCUAUGCUAUUGGGGGUUCGGCAAGGUUCGAAAGGGGUGCGGGUCCUCGAGUGUCGGAGAGGAGUGGCCUUGAGCUGGUCCUUCAGCGAGGUUGAGUUUGGACAAGAGUUCAGUCACGGCUCUUCAGCAUACUUGUCGAUCGGCAAGGUUCCUAGAAAACCAAGGGUGAGGAUCAAGGGUGAGUUCAUCCUUGAAAGUUGGGAGGCAUUAGCCACACGUUCGGCAGGGGAGGCUAUGCACGUGGCGUUCGGAAGUGUUGCCUGA